AUGCCCAAAUGUCCACCACUUGACCGUAACACUAUCUGCGACGCAUUUCCUGGGAAUAACGAACCGUUUCAUAGGUCCCCAGAUCAGGAGAUUAAUGAUAUCGCUUUGCCCCAGCUCGAGAAGUUAACGCUGCGCCACUGCUCGUUCAAAAUCACUUAUCUGCCGUUAGGCUUCACCGCUGCACUUGCUGAGUUUCUCAAGGAUCGUAUCACCCGCGGGUGCUCCCUCGACACCUUAGAAAUUACCGAAUGCGAUGUCACGGAAGAUCAUAUUCCUACGCUGGAAGCCCUGACUCGCGCUAAAAUGGGACGGUAUCACAUACAGGAUGGUGUUCGAAGAGUACGAGGAGUCGCCGAUGACGGCUGA